AGUCUCUUAACCCGGAACUAGUUAUUCAGAGCUUUGAACAUCUCUUUUACUGGCUUUCACCUUCAAUCCUGAAUAUGUGUCCUUUUUCAGUUAGCGUUUAAGUGUGCACGUUCGUGUGAGCACUGUCCCCCCGUCCUUACAUGUGACACAUCAUCCGAGCUGCAGCUCCACCAUGAACACAAAAGCAUGUGUGUUUCUGUCCCAGCUCUCCAGGACGGGGCUCAAAACCCCUCGCCGCAGUGCCGGAUUCUUGAUGGUGACCUCCGCUUGUCCACCUUGCCUCCUGCCUGUCCCCCGCAGUCACUCGUACUCCAGCAGCGUCAAGGUGCGCCCCUAUCUUCAGUUCAUAAAACGCAAGAUCAUCUCCCCUCCCAGUCCUCCGUACAGCCAUGUGUGCCAGGUGGGGGACCCGGUGCUGCGUUUGAACGCUGCCGCCGUUGACCCCGCAGUUAUAACUGGCCCCGAGGUCCAAAAGGUCAUCGGUACUUUGGUGAAAGUGAUGCGGAGACUUGAUUGUGUGGGACUGAGCGCGCCUCAGAUUGGGGUGCCGCUCCGCAUCCUGGUCCUGGAAUAUCCUGAGAAGAUGUUGAAGGAGAGCUUGCCCGUAUCCAGAGAGCGCCUCGGCCUCUCCGUCCAGCCGCUGAGGAUCUUCAUCAACCCCCAGCUGAGGGUCCUCGAUAGACGGACGGCGCUCUUCCAGGAGGCCUGCGAGAGCAUCACGGGCUUCUCCGCCGCAGUUCCACGAUACGUGUCCGUGGAAGUGUCUGGUCUGAACGAGAAGGGGGAAGCCGUCGCGUGGCGGGCCAGCGGCUGGCCAGCUCGGAUCCUCCAGCACGAGAUGGACCACCUGGACGGGGUCCUCUAUGUCGACCGCAUGGACAGCAAGACCUUCAUCAACAUCAACUGGCAGGAACACAAUGAAUAGAGGACCCUCAGGUCGGACCACCAAAACUUUAGUUAAAACUGAAGAUGUUUAUUUCACACCAUCUCCGAUCAACCUACGCUGUGUUGAUGAAAGUUCUACAUUCACGUUAUCUUUCAUGGGGAAAAAUCUUCCAGCUCGCAGAAAGUGAUACCUUUUGGUUC